CCCGGCCUUAAGCCACCAGUUGAGCGUUCGUAGUCAAGUGAAGCGGUCGAUAGUGCAGUGCGGGCAAAUGUCACAACACAUCAGACACAUUCUGGAUCUUUCGGCCCAGGAGCGACAGGCUUUCGUGCAAUCUUUCGACCACAUCCUGACGGAUUGCGAUGGAGUCCUCUGGACCGUCUACGAGCCAAUCCCCAACGUUGGCGACGCCCUAACCACUCUUCUCGCCAACGGCAAAACCAUCCGCUACAUCACCAACAACAGCGUCCGACCGUUCGAAAGCUACGCCACCCAGCUUGGCUCGAUUGGCAUCAAGCUGGAACCGACCGACCUCAUCCAUCCGGCCGUAUCGAUCGUCCAGUAUCUGAACUCGAUCCACUUCGAAGGGCCCAUCUACUGUCUGGCAACGGAGUCCUUCAAGAGCACCCUCCGGGCGGCCGGAUUCGGGCUAAUCGAUGGCCCCACCGAUCCAGUUGAGGAAUCGUUCAAAAAAAUUCUCGCCACCGUCAAUGACAAGGCCCCGGUCAAGGCCGUCAUCGUGGACGUGGAUUUUAACCUCAACUACCCGAAGCUGCUCCGGGCCGAACUGUAUCUGAAGGGCAACCCCGAGUGUUUGCUGAUUGCGGGAGCAACCGAUAAGUUGCUUCAUGUGAAGCAUGAUUUUAAGGUGAUGGGGCCCGGAUAUUUUUCGGAAAUGUUGGAGCAGGCCACCGGUAGGCGGACGGUCAUUCUCGGGAAGCCUGGAGCGGAGCUGGCCAGUCAGAUUUCUGAGCUGUACGGUACGACCGAUGCUCGCCGGGUGUUAUUCGUUGGCGAUAUGUUGCAACAGGACAUUGCGUUCGCUAGCCGUUGCGGGUUUCAGAAGCUGCUCGUGAUGUCCGGUGGCGCGACGCGGGAGGAAAUGGUGAACCAACCGGCGGAUGGUGAAUGUGUGCCGGAUUACGUUGCCGACAGCUUGGCGGACCUGAGGCAGUUAUUCGAUUGAGAAAUUUGCCAUGAGAUAAAAAUGUUUGAAUCAGAUAUAAGAUACCUAUCUUUGAAAAAUGAUAAAUUCCACAACCGUACUGUAAAUCAAAUAAUGUUUCUUUUCUAGUAAAUGAAGUUUUUUGUGCAACCAAAUCAAAGGUUACUGCGAUAGCGAAGGUUGUCAAUAACAAUCCGACUGCUAUGA